AUGGAUUCUACUUUGGAGGUUUAUUCUUUGCCUCAACUACAGGACAGGAUAAAAAGGGAUCCUGGAGCGUAUUUGUCUGAUUUUGAGCUACAACUACAGCAUUUUUACUCCACACUAGAAGUAUUUAGAUUGAAUCCACAAAACAUCCCCAAGGAAAUUUUCCAGCUUAUGAUAUUUAUUGCUCAGACAUCCCCAUAUUAUUUUAAAUAUGGUGUAUGUAAUAAGUUUAUUGAGAAACUUUUGGACGAGUUAAAAAAUAACUCUAGUUUAAUGACUUCCGAUAUGCGUGUUUCAAUGGCGACUUCAUUGAUUUUAUUAUCAAAUCAAAAAAUCAUUGAUAUUGUAUAUUUAUUACCUUUAUGGUUUGAUUUAAUGAGACUUCCUGAUAAAAUUUUAAGGUCAAAGUUAUUGAGACAUAUAGUUUCAAGUAUAGUCAAUACCAAUAUAAAGAAAACUGGCAAGAAGAUUAAUUCAAAAAACAGGUUUAAAACUAUAUUAAAGAGUAAGCAAAUUGGAACAUCAUUUUCAAUCUCGGAUGCAACUUUCAGUUGUUUUGGUGAACUUGGUAGUGAUCAAUUACAGGGUCAAGCUCAGCAACUUUUGAAGAACUAUAAUAUAUCAAUAGGGUAUGACUUAAAAAAGUUCAAUUCGACUAUUAUAUCAUUUUUAAGAGAUAGGAUUGCGGAUCCUAAGGAUAUCUUACGCUCUUUGGCCAUUAUAAUUGAAGUUCAUAGACAACAUGUUUGGAAUGAUGCUCAAACUGUCAAUAUUGUAGCUAAAUGCUGUGUAGGUUCAACUUCACCAAAAGUAGCCUCAACUGCAGCAAGAUUUUUAUUGGGAAGGAACUGCACAAUGGAGGAAUUGGAAAAUGAUAUAGAAGACGAGGAUGAGAGGAGGGAAUUAGCAGCAGAGGCAGUAAAGGCAAUGAAGUCUGUAUUACUUGGAGUAAGUUCAAAUAGUAAAAAGAAGAAGAUAGAAAAAGCAAAGAAAGCAAUGAAGAAAUUAGAAAAACAAAAGAAGAGUAAGACUGAAAACAAUUCUCUCGUUAGAAGUAACCAGUCUAUAGAUUUGAUACAUUGCCCACAAGAAUUUGCUGAGGAGGUAUUUCAAAGAGUUGCUCGUCACACAGAUCCUUUCGAGAUUAGAAUGACGCUUAUUGGGUUAAUUUCUAGGUUAAUAGAGCGUCACCGCCUAAUUCUUAUUAAUUAUUACACAUAUCUUGGUAGAUACCUCUCUCCAAAUAACAAGAAUGUCACAAAUGUUUUGGCUUUUCUAGCACAAGCAUGUCACGAGUUAAUUCCCCCACAAGAACUUUCAUCAACAAUCAAACUUCUUAUGGAUAACUUUGUAAGUGAGUGUUGUAGGCCUGAGGUUAUUGUUGUUGGGUUGAAUACUAUUCGAGAAAUCUGUCAAAGAGUUCCAUUGGUUAUGGAUAAAGACAAACUUUUAGAUUUGGCUAAUUUUAGGAAAAUGAACAAUAAAGGUGUAUCAAUAGCAGCAAAGAGUUUGAUUAAUCUCUAUAGGGAAAUUAUGCCAAGUAUGCUUCAUCGCUCCUUGAUGAGCAAGGAAGCUGCAAUGAAUAUCAAGGAUGGGAAUAAUGACGAUAAUCAACUUUCUUAUGGUUACAGAAAGAUUGAUAAUACCAUAUCUGGAGCAGACUUGCUUAUGAAGUACAAUAAUAGGAAGAAUAAAUCAAAGCAAGAGACUGAAUCUGAAUCUUCCCAAUAUCCGAAAGAGUAUGGCUACGACCUUGAUAAAGAUGAUAAUCAUCUUGAAAAUGACAUUAAUCAAGAGGAAAUUGAGGAUUUGAGUGAUAUUGAUUUUGAAGAGCUUGGAUCCUGCGACGAAGAUUUUGAAGAGCUUGAUGAGUUAGAUUCAGAUUUCCAAAUAGAAGCUGAGGAUUCUAUGGAAGUUCCUAGGACAUCUGAAACUGAAAUUGGAGUUAGUAACCAGAAUAUAGUUUUUGAUAAAAUUUUGGACCAGGAUGACUUUAAAAUGAUAAAGAAGCUCAAAACAAGAGUUGAGGCAGCUAAAGCUGUUGGAGUAUCCAAAAGCCUGGAAAAUGAACAGCUUGACUUUUCUACAACAUCAUCUGAUGAAGGAUCUGUAACAGGUACUAGUGGAGAGGAUGAUAAUAGUUCAGAGAGUGGAAGCGAAAGUGGCUUAGAUUCUGAUGAUUCCACAGACUACGAUAUAAGUAGGGAUAUUAGAGAUGAGAUAACUCGUAAUUUGGGUAAAAAAAAGCUUAGCAAACAGCAAAGGAUCCAAUCAAUAAUGAAGGGAAGAGAGGGCAGAGAGUCAUUCAAAGAAAAAAGAUUAAGAGGUAAGUUUUUAUUAAUUAUUUUAGUCCAAGUGUUCUUUGUAUUGGAAACUAUCACUAUUUUAUUUCGAAUAGUGAAUUAUAACACUAGUUACAAAGAACUUAUCAUUAAAGACAAGAAAAUGGGUUUUAUUCUUUUUUCUCCUUCUCCUUCUAUUCCCAAUCUUCCUCCUCCUCCUCCUCCUAAUUUUCCACCGACAACUUCUUCCUUUCAAUUAUUUCAAAUUUAA